AUGUCUGUCCUUGUACCAUCGUUAACAAAUAAUACUAAUACUAAUCAUCAUCAUAGUUCUACUUAUUUUUCUAAUAAUACAAAUCGUCGUAUUAAUGGAAAUAUAUCACAAAUACAACAACAAAAUCGUUUAGCAACAAAUACAUUAAAUGAACAUGAUCAAGAUAGUGAUCAUGUACCAUUUGGUGUUGUUAAUUCAAUGAAACAACGUUUACUUAAUAAAGUAAAUGAAUCUUAUGUAUUAAAUAAUAAUUCAACAAUAGUACGUCAUUCAUUAUUAAAACAAUCAACACGUAUAGCAUCGAACGAAAAUUUACUUCAAACAAAAACAUCUUUAUCACCAUUAAAACGUACAACACGUUUAUCACGUAGUCAAGAUAAUUUAACAAAUAAUAAUCAUAAUUCAAUUAAUUAUUUAUCUGGUCAAAUAAUAACAACAGAACAAUUUACUUCAUAUAUACAACCAAAACAAGAUGUAAUUAUUGUAGAUACAACAACGAAUAUUAAUCAAAAUGAUGAUUAUAACGAUGACGGAAAAUUACGUGCAGGACAGAAAAUGUUACCACAUCGGCAAUCAUAUACGGAAUUACAUGUUGAUGAAGCACCAAAACCUGAAUCAAAUUUAAUUAAUAUCGAUAAUACUUCAAAAGCAGAAAGACAUAUAACAUUAGAGGAUUUUAAAAAACAACAUUAA